UCUGCACUUGGUUUCCCCUCUCUGUUGCACAUCCUGAUUUCUUGUUCUGCUUUUUGUUGUGUAAAAGUGACCAUCAAACCCAACCUGCCAAGAAACAUCCUGCAUAUGCAACCUCGAGAUGAUUUAGCAACUGGUUCAGAUACUCCGGGUUCAGACACUGAAUCAGCUGCUGCGGAACGUGCAAGACGAGCUGACCUUUCCAGGCCACUCUAGGUGAGUAAUUUUUGCUGUGGUAUUUAUUUCUGGAUGGUUCUUUUUCAUUUGUUUUUCGUGAGAAGAGAACCAGGGGAGCAGAAGUGCCAUGUGCAAAGGCAGGGGAUGUGGAUGCCACGUGCUGGCUGUGCCCCUUUUCCCCCAGCCUGAUUUGGAUGUGUCAGCACUGGCACACUCAGAGCAGCCUGGUGAGUGGGUGCUGGCUCCAGCUGGUGCCUCCCAGCACCCUCUCACUGCUGUGUGUCACAGGGGACACCCUGCAGAAAUGUGUUAUGUGUGUUCCCAGCCAGGAGCAGAAAUCCUGCACUAAACCAGGGCAAUGAACCCAGCAAAGGACCAGAAACCAGGGCAAUAAACCCAGCAAAGGACCAGAAUCCAGGGCAAUGAAUCCUCCUCAAAACCAGGGCAAUAAACCCAGCAAGGACCCGCUGGCAAACACCGCCCAGAGCCCCAGAGCUUUGGGAGGUUCUGGGCACAGAAAUCUCAGUUUUCUGCAGUGGAACAGGACUGGGUUUGAGCUGGCUGCUGUCCUGGCUGCUGCAGGGGGUGCAGCUCUGCAGGUUUGGCUCUGUCCUGGCUGUGCUGAGGGCUUGGGGCUGAGCAGGAGCUGUGUUCGUGGGUCGGCUGUGCAGCCAAGGGUGUCACCAUGGCAGAGCUGCACAGAGCACAGCAAACCACGCAUAGAGCCAGCCCCAGAGGGGUCCUGUGUUAGGAGAGGCAGAUGGCACAGGGUUCCAGAAGGCUUGCUGCCACUUCUCAGGAGUUUUUGUUUGUGGAAAGGGCGGGGUGAUGAAGGUACAAAGCUAGAGUGAUUUUCUCAGCCUAGAACUGAUCCAAGGGUCUGGGUCUGGAAUCCCUGGCUGAGGCUGGCCUGGAGAGCCUCAGCCUUGCACAGUGGAGCAAAAAGAGAGAAGCCACCAAAAUGCCAGAGAUGAUUCAGCUCUUGUCUUUCUAUUUCUAUUUCUAUUUCAUUUUUGCUGCAGUAUUGAAAAAUACCUGCUGGUAAUGGCAGCCCCAAAGUGCUGCAGCUUCACGUGAGGGCUCUCGGGGCAGGAGGGCUGCUCUCAGGAACCACUCAGCCUCAAACGAGGGGCCAGAGCUGGGAGUCAUGGAGCAGGGACAGGGAGCAGGGUGCUGACCCUGCCUCCCUUGGGACACUGCCUGGCACCUCCUGGGGUGGCAGCCAGUCCUUCCCUGGGCUGCAGGACAGGCCUGCAGAAAGGAGAAAUCAGCUUUGUUCUGAGAUGUGGAGCAGGUGCAGCUGGAGCAGAGACAGCACCCAGGGCAAGGGUUGGAUCUGGAGCAGGAGCUCUUGGUUUAGGACUCAGCUUCUGUGAUGACCACAGUAAAGGGCUGUGAACAUCUCAGCUCAGAUGUCAGAGCUCGACCCCCAAACCACCGGAAAGAUUCGUGACUUGAUUAGGUGAAGAGAUGAAGGGGCUGAGCCCUCUCCCCAGGCUCGCUCCUCCUUUCCAGGCUCAGAGUGGUCCCCCAAACCAGAGCCCUGUCUCUGCCUCUGUGCUGUGCUCAUUUCCAGCCUCCCAGAGCCUUCCUCUGACCCUGAGCUGGCUGCCAGCCCUUGGUGUCCUGCCCCAGGUGUCACCUGUGCUGUUCCUUGCAGAGGGAGAUGAAGGUGUUGCUGAGCCUGGCCCUGCUGCUGACAUGGCUGGGGCGAUGCUCGGGGGCUGCAGGGGUGUUCACGGAGCCCCAGCUCCGAGCUAGGGCCGGGGACUCCGUGCUGCUGCAGUGCCUCUUCCUGGACCCCGACAGCGCGGGAUGGACCCUGCACAAAGUGGACUGGCUGUACAGGGCAGGAGCUGGCACGCAGGAGGAGAUGGUGUUUUUUUACUACAGCAACCACGGCGUCCCCGCGGGCCGCUUCAAGCAGCGGGCGCAGUGGCGGGGGAACAUGUCCGGCUGGGACGGCUCCAUCCUGCUGCAGGACCUGCGCCUCAACGACAGCGGCACCUACGAGUGCGAGCUGCGCCUGCUGGAGGCCAGCAGCGUCUUCAGGAGCCGCACGGUGCUGCUCGUCAGCCCCGCGGUGCCCAGAGGUGCCGAGGAUGCGGCGCCCCCGAGGGACUCCGGGUUCUGGCCGGCCGUGGUGGGCUGUGGCUGCGUGGCCGUGGUGGUGGCGUUCCUGGCCGGGCUGUGCGUGAGGAAGAGGUUUGCGACCGUCUCGGCCCUGGAGAGGAUGGGCAACAGCACCAACAAGGGCAAAGUAGAGGAAGCAAUUUACACCUCCAUCCCCGGGGCUGAGGUGCCCAAGGCUGAGCAGGAGGCGAAGAAGAAGAGGAGAGCUGAGGACACGUACAUAACCAUGCACCCGUCUCACUGCCGCGACAACGGCGUCUAUGUGGAGCUGGCCAAGAGAGCCAUCCCGUCAGAGUGGAUGGCAGAGGGCACCCAGGGGCAUGGGCAGGGCCAGGAGCCCCUCAGCAGGCCGGAGGAGGCACCUCCCCAGCCCCCAGAGCAGCAGAAGUAGCUGUGCUGUGGAUGCAGCCCCGUUCCAGGUGUGCCCGACACACCCUUGUCCCUGUGAGGACUGAGAACUGGUGCCACACCGCUGUGUGCCCCGUGCCAGGGCACUGCUGGGCACGGCCCACCCCAGCUGUGUGCAGGGCACCAGGGGACACCUGUCCCUGUGGCUCUUGGGACUCCAGAGAGUGGGCACAGCCUCACGCUCCGGCUCUGAUCCCGGCCCAGGGUGAGCAUCCCCGAGGGGCAGAGGCAGCAGGAGCUGUCACCGCGUUUUUCUGUACAUAAUAAAUCUCAGGGAGUCUUCCCUGAUGCUGUCUUCGUUUUA